AUGGCCAGAAUAACACAAUUGGCCGUUUUCAUUUCCCUUUCUCUUCUCAACAUCUUUGGUGCACAGCUGGCCCUUGCAGCGGAAGAUGGACCUGGCUCAGCUUCCGUCCUGACCACCGAGGUCGGCCGCCUCAACAACCAAAGCCUGUUCUGGGGACCUUAUAAGCCAAAUCUCUAUUUCGGAGUCCGUUCGAGGUCUCCGCAGACUCUCUGGACCGGUUUGAUGUGGUCUAGAGUUGAUAACUACCAAGACGUUCAGCAGGGUUUCCGUUACACCUGUGAGCAACACGAAGGCCUCCACGGCUAUGGUUGGGAUGAGUACGAUGCACGAACGGGCGGCAUCCAGACCAUCCACGAUGAAGGCAACCAGAUUGACAUCACCACCUCAUUUGUCAAGGUGUCUGGGGGUGCUCACGGCGGAAGCUGGGCAGCCAGGAUCAAAGGUGUUCCUAGAGAGGGCGCUCCUUCCGACCUGAAGACGAUGCUGCACUAUUACAUCGCUCAGGAGGGCACCGAAGCGAAGCUUGCUGUCUCUGGCGAAAGCGACCCGGCAGGCUUUGAUGGCGAUGUUGCGUUUGAGGGCACCUCGCCAGAGCUUGGCAAGUACAAGCUCGUCGUCACCAAAGGAGAGGGUAAGCACCCCUCCGGUAGCCACGCUUUGUUGGAGGAGAAGCGUGCCGACCGAACUAUCGUGCGUUCCCUGACUGUGCCGGAUGACCUCCAAUGGCAGGCGAAGGGCCUUGUUUUCAACCUGAUUCAGGAGAGCAUCAAGGAAGUACAAGAGAACAUUGACAUGAACGACCCGCCCCCGGCGCACCUGGUGUACCAGCUGAAGAACAAGCCCGGCGAAGGCAACUCUCACGUUGUCCAGAAGAUCUUUGAGGGAGCGUUCGAGUUCGAUGUUCUGUUCUCGUCUGGUUCAGCCGGUCCCGAGCUGACAAGUGCCGACGUCACCCGAGAGAUCAAGUCUGUGAGCGAGUCUUUUGGCGAGCGCUUCUCUUCCAUCUUCAGUCUAAAGGCUCCAUUCACCGACGAGAAGUACAAGAAGUUCGGCAAGAGCAUGUUCUCCAACCUCCUCGGUGGUAUUGGCUACUUCCACGGUCAGCAUCUUGUUGACCGUUCCUACGCCCCUGAGUACGAUGAGGAGAACGAAGGAUUUUGGGAGGAGGCUGCAGCUGCCCGUGCCCGCAAGCAGCAGGAACUAGAGGGUCCUUAUGAACUCUACACGGCCAUUCCAUCGCGCCCCUUCUUCCCCCGCGGAUUCCUCUGGGACGAGGGCUUCCAUCUGAUUCCUAUUGCCGACUGGGACAUCGACCUGACUUUGGAGGUAGUCAAGAGCUGGUUCAACUUGAUUGACGAGGACGGAUGGAUUGCUCGUGAGCAAAUUCUCGGCAACGAAGCACGUAGCAAGGUGCCCGAGGAGUUCCAAGUUCAGUACCCUCACUACGCCAACCCUCCCACCCUCUUCCUCAUCAUUGAAGGUUUCAUGGAGCGUCUCCGAAAGACCAACGGCAGCCUGCCCGCCGAGAAAGAGCAUCUCGGCCCUUCCGCCACACUCCAGACUGCCCAUCUGAACAACAUCGAGCUCGGUGAGGAAUACCUCCGUAAGCUCUACCCCCUCCUUCGCCGCCAGUACGACUGGUUCCGUAAGACGCAGCGCGGCGACCUUAAGACCUACGACCGGGAGGCUUUCUCCAACAAGGAAGGCUACCGUUGGAGGGGCCGCACCGAGACCCACAUCCUGACCAGCGGCCUCGACGACUACCCUCGCCCCCAACCCCCUCACCCCGGUGAGCUCCACGUCGACCUGAUGUCGUGGGUUGGUCUGAUGACCAAGUCUCUCAUGAAUAUCGCAGACGCCCUCGGUAUGUCGGAAGAAGUGAACGAGUUCAAGACCACUCUCAACGCUAUCCGCCGUAACCUCGAUGACCUCCACUGGUCCGAGAAGGAGGGCUGCUACUGUGACGCCAGCAUCGACGCCUUCGAAGAGCACCAGCUCGUCUGCCACAAGGGCUACAUCUCCCUCUUCCCCUUCCUGGUUGGCCUCCUUGAGGCCGAUGACCCCAAGCUGGGCAAGCUCCUCGAUCUGCUCGGCGAUGAGGAGCACCUCUUCAGCCCCCACGGGCUGAGAAGUCUCAGCAAGCAGGACGAGUUCUACGGAACCGCCGAGAACUACUGGAGAAGCCCGGUCUGGAUGCCCAUCAACUACAUGGCAGUCUCCCAGCUUAGGAACGUUGCCGCCCAGGACGGCCCCUACAAGGCCAAGGCUGCGGAUUUGUUCCGCCGUCUGCGCAAGAACCUCGUCGACACAGUCUACAACAGCUGGGAGAAGACAGGCUUCGCUUGGGAGCAGUACAACCCCGAGACCGGCGAAGGCCAGCGUACGCAGCACUUCACCGGCUGGACGAGUCUGGUCGUCAAGCUGAUGGCAUUGGAGGAACCGGGUCACGCAGCUGACAAGGCGAGCGGUGGCCACGUCAGGGAUGAGCUUUGA